UCCCUCCAGCCCACUCAUCAGCUAGUUUGCUGCCAUUUGAAAGCUGUUGAAAAGCCAUUAACAGGCAGGACCGGGAGAGCCGCAGUGCAGCACACCUCUGUGUGGGCAGAAUGUGGCUGCAUGUGAGCACCAAUUAGAGUGGACUAUUCCCGGGACUGUGGCACCAGGAGCCCUGUCAGUCAGCCGACCUACAAGAGCACGUGCAGCAGCAGUAGCUCCGACUCCACCGAGAGGCUUAGCUGAACUCCAGCUGCUGAAUGAGAAUGAGUUUGAAGCUUUUUGCACGAUCAUGGAACAGAGCCUCGGUUCAAUAAUGCAUCCUGAGGUAAACUGUUACCUGAGUCAGGGCUCUAAAUAAUGCAUUUCCUGGGGACUGCAGUUGUAGCAGAAGAGAAUGCUGGAACCUGUAGCAGGAUUGCUGUCUGAGAUGGAAGGAUGUCUCACUAUCAUUUUAUCAAGUGCUGUUGCUUUCAGCUAUGUAACAUUUUUCGAACCCAUGAAAUGGAAAUUGACCAGUGCUUGCUGGAGUCCCUUCCCCUUGGCCAGCGGCAAAGGCUGGUGAAGCGCAUGCGUUGCGAGCAGAUCAAAGCCUACUAUGAAAGAGAGAAGGCUUUUCAGAAGCAGGAAGGAUUCCUGAAAAAGCUGAAGCAUGGGAAGAGUCAAAAAGUUCACUUUAACCUUGCCGACAUGAUACAGGAUGCAAUUAUCCACCACGAUGACAAAGAAGCGCUCCGGCUCCUGAAGGAGGGCGCGGAUCCGCACACCGCCGUUUCCUCGGGAGGGUCCCUGCUGCAUCUGUGUGCUCGGUAUGAUAAUGCCUUCAUUGCCGAGAUCCUGAUUGACAGAGGGGUCAAUGUCAACCACCAGGAUGAAGACUUUUGGACACCAAUGCACAUCGCCUGUGCUUGUGAUAACCCUGAUAUUGUCCUGCUGCUUGUACUAGCUGGAGCCAACGUCCUUCUCCAGGAUGUUAAUGGAAAUAUCCCGUUGGAUUAUGCCGUAGAGGGGACAGAAUCCAGUUCUAUCCUGUUGACCUAUCUGGAUGAAAGUGGAGUGGAUCUGACCUCGCUGCGCCAGAUGAAGCUUCAGAGACCAUUGAGCAUGCUAACGGAUGUCAAACACUUCUUAUCAGGUGGUGGAAAUGUCGAUGAGAAAAAUGAUGAAGGGGUAACUCUGUUGCAUAUGGCAUGUGCAAGUGGCUACAAGGAGGUGGUGUCUCUUCUCCUGGAACAUGGCGGGGACCUGAAUAUAGCAGAUAAUCAGUACUGGACCCCACUUCAUUUGGCAGCAAAGUAUGGCCAGACAAACCUGGUGAAGCUUCUUCUGAUGCAUCAGGCAAAUCCAAACCUUCUGAACUGCAAUGAAGAGAAGCCCUCAGAUAUCGCUGCAUCUGAGUUUAUUGAGGAAAUGCUGUUGAAAGCCGAAGUUGCCUGGGAAGAAAGGGUAAAAGAGCAUUUAUCUCUUCCUGCAUUGGCCUCCGAGGAGCCCUAUGAAGAGAUCCUCCAUGACCUCCCACCUCUCUCCAGCAAGCUCAGUCCCCUGGUGUUGCCAAUUGCCAAGCAAGACAGUAUGUUGGAGAAAGACAUUAUGUUCAAAGAUGUCACAAAAGGUCUAUGCAAGCGACAGUCUCACGACAGCAUCCCUGAAAAUGCUACCAUGAACGGCCCCACAAAACCUGAGCAGGUCAAGCUGAUGCCUCCCGCUCCCAGUGAUGACCUGGCGACGCUGAGCGAGCUGAACGAUGGCAGCCUGCUUUAUGAAAUUCAGAAGCGCUUUGGGAACAAUCAGAUAUAUUCUACUGAGAAAUUGAUUAAGUAA